UUAUGAAGGAAAAAAACGGUAAAAUAAAAUAAAAGAAGAGAAAGGAAUACUUUCACUCUAGUUGCAUCGAUCGUUUUGAAAGAAAGAAAGAAAGAAAGACGAAACCACAAACCUUCUAAACAUGAAGCCAAAAUCAUCGGUGAAUCGACCCCCAACACCUGAUGUUGUCGAAAGAGAACCUACUUUUCAGGAACUCAUCAAUAUUAAGUUUAUUGAGACUGGAGAGAAAGAGCGAUUGAUGGAACUUUUGAGGGAAAGACUCGUGGAUUGUGGUUGGAAGGAUGAAAUGAAAGCCAUCUGCAGAGCCUUUGUAAAGAAGAAAGGGAGGAAUAAUGUUACCGUAGAUGAACUUAUACACGUAAUUACUCCAAAGGGUCGAGCCUCAGUUCCUGAUUCUGUAAAAGCUGAGCUGUUGCAAAGAAUUCAGACAUUUCUUGUUUCUGCUGCUCUCUAAUGGCUUGAUCGGCAAUAAUCUCACCAGCAUUCUGUAAAGGUUAAGGGUUCGUGUUUGGAUUGCAGUUGGAAUUGCGGCAGCACUCUUUUCAACGACAAAUAAUCGAGGGAUUGCAUCUUAAAACUGAAUUUGGAAGCAUUGGAAAGUGUACUUUGCCAAAUUUCCAAACAUGCAAAGAACUGCACACACAUUUGUUCUAGAUUUUGUGUUGCAGGGGUAUGAAUAUGUGUUGUAAAACCAUUACUCUUUGUCUCCUUCCUAUAUUAAUUUGAUAGAUCAUCUUUUAUCGAAAUCAGUCAAACUAUAUAUGUCGCUUUUCCUGGCUUUUAUUUUAAGCUUUGGUAUAAAAAUUGCUUCUUCA